AUGGAUAUUCAACAAGAAUCAGAAGCUAGAGCUUGGGGGAUUCCCUCUGGAUUUAGUCGGCACAAUCAUCUCUCCAAUGAUGUUACUUUGUUCUCAAGUUCUUUACCUGUUCUUCUUCACGGAAAACAAUUGAGUGACAACAGAGAUGGUUUCUCACAAAUGGAUGAUCCUCUAUGUGACAAUGAAUCUCAUUCCAUUGGAAACCUCCUACCUGAUGAAGAAGAUCUUUUGACAGGGAUGAUGGAUGAUCUUGACCUGAGUGAGUUACCAGAUGCUGAUGAUUACGAUCUUUUCGGUAGCGGAGGAGGAAUGGAACUUGAGAAUGACCUAGGAGGUAGCUUGAGCAUGAAUGGUCCUCCAAGAUUAUCAAUUUCAAGUCUUGGUGGAAAUGCAGUUCCACAAUUCAAUAUUCAAAAUGGCGCUGGAACGGUUGCUGGUGAGCAUCCUUAUGGCGAGCAUCCUUCGAGAACAUUGUUUGUUCGAAAUAUUAACAGCAAUGUAGAAGACUCCGAACUCAAAGCUCUCUUUGAGCAAUACGGUGACAUUAGAACGCUGUACACGACUUGUAAGCAUAGGGGAUUUGUCAUGAUAUCUUAUUAUGACAUUCGUGCUGCUCGGAUGGCUAUGCGGUCUUUACAGAACAAGCCAUUAAGGCGGAGAAAACUGGAUAUUCACUUCUCAAUUCCUAAGGAUAAUCCAUCUGAGAAGGAUAUGAAUCAGGGGACAUUAGUGGUUUUUAACCUGGAUCCUUCAAUUUCUAAUGAUGACUUGCAUGGAAUUUUUGGUGCUCAUGGCGAGAUCAAAGAGAUUAGGGAAACACCACAUAAGAGGCACCACAAAUUCGUCGAGUUUUAUGAUGUUCGAGCUGCUGAAGCAGCGUUAAAGGCAUUAAAUAGGUGUGAGAUUGCAGGAAAGCGUAUAAAGGUUGAGCCUAGUCGCCCUGGAGGAGCUCGUCGGAGCCUGAUGUUGCAACUUAACCAAGAACUUGAACACGACGAUUUGCACUACCUACCUCUGCUUGGUUCACCCAUGGCAAACUCUCCUCCAAGUAACUGGCUGCAGCUGAACAGUCCCGUUGAGGGUAGUCCACUUCAAAGUGUGAUUAGUAGGUCACCUGUUUUCGGGAUAAGUCCUACAAGGAACAGCCACUUGUCUGGUUUGGCUUCUGCUCUAAAUUCCCAAGCACCAAGCUCAAAGCUUGCACCCAUUGGUAGAGGCCAAAUUGGCAGCAAUGGCUUCCAACAGUCAUCGCAUUUAUUCCAAGAUCCAAAGCUGGAUAACAAGUACGGUGGAAAUCUUUCUCCUUCUGGUCCUUUGAACUCAAAUGGAGGUGGAAUUGAGACGAUGUCGGGGUCAGAGUUUCUAUGGGGAAGUCCAAACUCACGCUCUGAGCCUUCAAGUUCUUCGCUUUGGUCAACAUCAUCCACUGGGAUUCCAUUCUCCUCCACUCGGGUAGACCGCUCAGUUCCAUUUCCGCAGCAGCAUCAAAAUCAAAACCGCAGCCAUCAUCACCUCCAUGUUGGGUCUGCACCAUCUGGUGUUCCUCUAGAGAAGCAUUUUGGAUUCUUCCCGGAGUCUUCAAAGGACACUUUGUUCAUGAACACUGCUGGCUUUCAAGGAACGAGUGGAAUGGGUCUCAAUGGUGGAAGUUUCCCUUCAAAAGUGGCAAAUCAUGGGAUCAUCAACCCUGGAAGCAUGGGCGAAAACGGUUUUUCAAAUUACAGAAUGAUGUCUUCACCGAGAUUCAGCCCCCUGUUCUUAAGCGGCGGUCUAAACCCAGGACGGUACACCUCUGGCUUUGAUGGUUUGUAUGAAAAUGGAAGGGCUCGUAGAGUCGAGAACACUUCAAGCCAAGUCGAAAGCCGGAAACAGUUUCAACUUGAUUUGGACAAAAUUACGAAUGGAGAGGAUCCUCGGACUACCUUGAUGAUUAAAAACAUUCCAAAUAAAUACACCUCAAAGAUGUUGCUAGCGGCUAUUGAUGAAAAGAACGAAGGAACUUACAACUUUCUCUAUCUGCCCAUUGACUUUAAGAACAAAUGCAAUGUUGGUUAUGCAUUCAUCAACAUGCUCACUCCAGAUCUCAUCAUUCCAUUCUACGAGGCGUUUAAUGGGAAGAAGUGGGAGAAGUUCAACAGUGAGAAAGUAGCUUCCUUGGCAUACGCUCGGAUACAAGGAAAAUCUGCUCUCAUAGCCCAUUUUCAGAACUCAAGCCUGAUGAAUGAAGACAUGCGUUGCCGUCCAAUUAUCUUCGACACUCCUAACAAUUCAGACUCUGUUGAACAGGUUAGUGUUGAAGAAACUAAGAAUGUGGAUCUCCUCGAAUGUGAGCUCAACGAUGAUGGUAGAGAGAAGAGAUGA